UGGUGAACGGAAUCAAAACUGGGCGAUGAAUUGCAAGUCUUCUUGGGACAUAACUCUACAUCAACAUCAACAGUAAGCCAGAGUGGCCUCCCGUUACUGUCGCUGGUGUGUAGCAAUGGCUCGUCUGCUAGUGGGACGCCUUGCAUUAGUAACAGGUGGUGGCAGUGGCAUUGGUCGUGCUGUGUGCCAGGCAUUGGCUAAGGAAGGGGCUGCAGUAGCUGUUGCAGAUGUUAACAGGCAGCAGGCUGAUGAAACGGUGUCACUUCUUGACUCAGGAGUCAAAAGUCAAGCAUAUGCAGUUGAUGUGUCCUCACGGGAAAGCGUGACUGCGAUGCUGUCGUCAGUGUGCAAGGACUUUGCAGUUCCUCCAUGUAUUGCUGUCAAUUCUGCUGGCAUUGCACGAGACAACUUCUUGCUAAAGCUGGAUGAAAAAUCUUUUGAUGAUGUCAUCAACGUAAAUUUAAAAGGCACAUUUCUAGUCAACCAAGCAGUGUCCAGAGCUAUAGUAGAUGCAAAACUAAAGACAGCUUCAAUCAUCAAUAUAUCCAGUAUUGUUGGCAAGACAGGUAACCUGGGUCAGGCCGCCUAUGCAGCAUCCAAAUCUGGUGUGAUAGGUUUCACUAAGACUGCAGCCAAAGAACUUGCUAGGUUCAACAUUAGGGUCAACACCAUCCUUCCAGGGUUCAUUGAGACACCAAUGACACAAGUGGUGCCAGAGAAGGUCAUGAACAUGAUUUUAUAUGUCACACCACUCCAGCGUAUGGGAAAACCUGAAGAGAUAGCUGAUGCCUGCGUAUUUUUGGCAUCCGACAAAAGUAGCUUCAUCACAGGUGCAGUUUUGGAAGUAACAGGGGGGCUGAAUAUGUAAUAUGUGGGAUCCACCCAGAAUAUGACUGGCGCUAACCACACAAGUAAAGGACCAGAGGCUUAAAAGGAAAACUGAUGAUGAUGAGGAGGAAGAGGAUAAUAAGGAUUGGAUGAGGAUUAGUAGAUGAUGUUCAAGUGUUCUUCUACGCUUGUGAUCAGACCUUUCAUGAGAGGGCUUGGAUACUUCCCAGAUAUGUACCCGUCAGCUUAAUGACAGGAGAUUUGUGCUUUGUCGUUUAUACAGGGAUGGUGUUUGUGCGCGUGCGUUCACAUGCCAGAACAUUGACAAACUCUUACACUACUUUUACAAAUCUUUCCCUGUGUAUAACAGAUAAUAUUAUCGAGAAAUAAAAGAGAACUACCCUGAUAUGUUGUGUGCUGAAUAAAUAUGUACAAGAGGCAUGUC